AUGGUUGGUACUCUACGUGAUGAGUUUGACAGUGGUGAUGAUGUCAAAUUGUACGAAGGCUGUAACCCCCAUGACAUCGCAGCAAUGUUAAAAGAAUAUUUUCGUGAUUUACCCGAGCCACUCCUCAGUAAAGAACUGUACUCUGCAUAUGUAGCUAUAUCAGGUAUAGAGAAGAUUGAAAAUCGUGUGAAAGCCCUUCAUUAUUUGGUAUGUUUGUUGCCACCAGCAAACAUUGAUACUUUAUAUGCGUUGUUGCGUUUCCUCCACAAAGUGGCAUCCAAUGCCAAGGACUCCAUUGAUAAAAACGGUGAAGAGUUGCCAGGCAACAAGAUGGAUUCCCAUAACCUAGCAACCCUAUUUGGGCCAAAUCUUCUUCACCGAUUGAAACCUGGACCUGAUUUUCAUCCUGAGAAUACAACAGAGAGAGUAGAAGAAAGUAGAGAGAUUAUUGAUGUUGUAAAAUGUAUGAUUGACAACCAUGGUGACAUAUUUCAGAUAUCGGCUGAAGAUCACCACGAGGUAAUGAAGAUAUUACUUGAGACUGACCCCGAGGCAUUGGAUUUCAUACUUAAUAGGAUAUCAUCAGUAUUAAUGGGGUAUCGGCCGAGUACAAGUGAGUCAAAUGUGUGGGAAGACAAUGACAUAUCAUCUGCACCUCACACACCUAACAGUGACAUUGAUCUAUUUGGAUCAAGGACAAAGUCUACCGAUGGUUCUCAGUCUCCGACUGUAGUAAACCAUGUGCCUGAUUCUCCCAGUGCAUCGCCUCGUCAGUUACCACAGACUCCACAGCCGCCUCACAAAACGGUUGCUUUUUCACCGUAUAAAACGGAAAGGGAGCGGUUCUUCUUAGACACUACUGUGGUGCCGGAACAUAUUAAACUCUCUGCUGUUGGCAUGAAAAAGAAAAAAAGUAUUCCUCCAAACUUGGAUUUAUCUGCCAGCCAAAAUGAACUCAAAAAAACAAAUGUUUAUUCCCCACCUGUUAGUCCAGUAUCCCCACUUCCGAGUUAUGCGGAACACAUUCAAACAAGGAAAUCAGUGCUGAACAAUAACUGGGGGAAACCAACCACCAGUCAACUAAACAAUAGCAGCAUAACUCCCAAAACAGUGUCCCUGAGUCCGCCACUCAAGUCUGCUUCCGAACUUUCCAAAAACAGUGCUCCGCUCUCGGCAGGAUUAACUUCGCCAUCAAACGAAGAAAGGUGGUCGAAACUUAACGUUAAGCGAACACUAACGCCUCCGUUGAUAAGGGCGCAUGUAGGAAGUGUGUCGGAUGAUCGAAGGACUGAAUCAGGCAUGCUGGGAAAAAAGAACGCUUACUCCGGGGAUAAGUCUCCAAUCAGAAUCAAGGAAUGCGACAAAGACAAGUGGAUGCAGUGGAAGCAGAGAUCGUCAGAAAGCAGUACGGGUGACAUGUAUGAACAGGAGACGUUAGUUUGA